AUGUCAGAUGAGACUGACGUUGGUGGGGCUGGAGCGGCUGCAAACCAAGCAGCAAAUGCCAUUAAGGAAUUAGAAACUACUUGUCGUGAUUUACAAUUUGGUAUUAUUGUAUCAAUGGAAGAUAAAAAGCUUGAAGAAAAAAGUUUAUCUGAAGAUGUGGUUAAAAUGACUGAGUUUCUUAAAACAAUCGAAGGUGGCGUUACAGAUGCGAAUAAUCAGCUUAAAGAAAAUAAUGAAAUUCUUUAUAACUUAAAUACUGGCGUUGGAACAGUUAUGGAGCAUACUGAUGAAAUUAAGAUAAAACUUAAUGCAAUUUUUGAAGAAGUUAUUGAAAUUAAAAAAAAAGUUUAUAAAAGGGAAAUUUCUUUAGGUGCUCCACAUAUUGAUAUAAAUUGUUUAGAUGAGCUCGCUUUCCAACAGAUACCAUAUAAAACUAUGGACACAAUGGACAUAUGUGAGCAUGUCAAGUCCGGUAAAAGAGAACGCUUUAAUUUCAUUGGCAAAUAUGCUGGAAUUAAAGAAGUUAUCAACGGAUAUUCUAAGAUAAUUGUGGCUGCUUGGGCUCAUGAACCAGCUGAACGACCAAGUAUUAAUGUAUUUAACUUUGAACUUAAAAAAUUAAAUGGAUUAAUAAAUUCUGUAGAGGAUUCUAAUCCUAGUGACGAUGUAACUGAUGAUGAAGGUGGUCCAUUCGUGAGUGAUGAUAUCCCUCACCUUAUUCCUCCGUUAGAAGAUGCUGUUAUUAAUGGCAAUCCUUCCGCAUUAUUUAAUUAUGGUGAUUUAUUUUUGAAUGGAAAACUUGGUAUUAAAAAAGAUGAAGACAAAGGAAUACGGUAUUUAAAAAUGGCUGCUGUGAAGGGCCAACCUAAAGCACUAGAAGAACUUAAAAAACGCAAGAUUAGCCUAUAA